CCUCUCCCUAUCUAACCUCGGCUUUCUUUGAAUUCGAGUUCAAGCAUCAAUGGAAACCCUACUAACUGAGUCUGUGCAAAACAGCCUUGGCCAUUUUAUGUACCACAACGCCAUUUUCAUGUGUGAACGACUCUGUGCCGAGUUCCCCUCUAAGACAAAUAUGCAACUUUUAGCUGGCUGCUACCUGCACAACCAACAGGCUUAUGCUGCAUAUCAUCUUCUCAAGGGGACAAGUAUGGCUCAAUCCCGCUACUUGUUUGCACUAUCAUGCUUUCAGAUGGAUCUUCUCACUGAAGCUGAGACAACACUUUGCCCUCCUAAUGAGCCAACUGCAGAGGUUCCAAAUGGUGCAGCUGGGCAUUACCUUCUUGGUCUUAUUUACAGGUUCAUAUUUUAUAUAUUAUUUAUUUAA